AUGGCAGGACUUUUUCAGAGGGUCUACAAUUGGUUAAUGCGCAUGUUUUGGGCCAUGGAGAUGGAGGUGACCAUGGUAGGCUUGCAAAAUGCUGGCAAGACGUCGUUAUUGAGGGUCCUCGCCGGAGGAGAGUUCACUCUUGACUCGAUUCCCACCGUCGGAUUCAACAUGAAAAAGGUGCAACGAGGCCAUGUUACGCUGAAAUGCUGGGACAUUGGUGGCCAGCCUCGGUUUCGCACCAUGUGGGAGAGAUACUGCCGGGGCGUUAGCGCCAUCGUCUUCAUCGUGGACAUUGCCGAUAUCGAGUUGAUCCCCCAAGCCAAGGAAGAGCUCCACGACCUCAUGGGUCGCAGGUCACUGGCCGGCAUCCCGCUCCUAAUCCUAGGGAACAAGUCUGAUCUCCCAGACAAGCUCUCGGUGGACGAGUUGAUUGACGAACUGGACCUGAAGAGCAUACGCGGUCGCGAGGUGUGCUGCUAUGGUAUCAGUGCGAAAGAAGAGACAAACCUUGACGCCGUAGUCGAGUUUCUAAUGAAGUAUGCCACCCGUGCAUGA